GGUAUGCGGCAGCCUUCCUCCUGCGCAGGCGCACUGGCGCUUGGAGAGGAUGGAAGCCGUGGUGUUUCUAUGUUUGGGAGCUGCGGUCCUAGCCUGGGGCUUCCUCUGGGUUUGGGACUCCUGGGAAAGAAUGAAGAGUCAGGAGCCGGCUGGCAUCCCGGAAGGUGGAAGCAGGACCCUCCUAGUGAUCGCGCACCCCGACGACGAAGCCAUGUUCUUUGCUCCCACUGUGCUAGGCUUGGCCCGCCUGAGGCACCGGCUGUCGUUGCUCUGCUUCUCUGCAGGAAAUUACUACAAUCAAGGGGAGAUGCGUAAGAAAGAACUUUUGCAGAGCUGUGAUGUUUUGGGGAUUCCACCCUCCAGUAUAACGAUUAUUGACAACAGGGAUUUCCCAGAUGACCCAGGUGUGCAGUGGGACACAGAGCUUGUGGCUAGCGUCCUCCUCCAGCACAUAGAAGCGAGCAGCAUCAACCUGGUGGUGACUUUCGACGCAGGAGGAGUCAGUGGUCACCGCAAUCACGUUGCUCUGUAUGCAGCUGUGAGGACCCUGCAUUCAGAAGGGAAGUUACCUAAAGGGUGCUCCGUGCUCACCCUUCAGUCGGUCAAUGUGUUGCGCAAGUACAUCUCCCUUCUGGACCUGCCCUUUUCUCUGCUUCAUACCCGGGAUGUCCUCUUCGUGCUCACCAGCAAAGAAGUGGCACAGGCCAAGAGAGCCAUGUCCUGCCAUCGCAGCCAGCUGCUCUGGUUUCGCCGCCUCUACGUGCUCUUCUCCAGGUACAUGAGAAUCAACUCCCUGCACUUCCUCUGAAGCCUUGAAGAGUCUUCUGAUCCAAGGAACGCAAGGAGAAGCAAAGACUGGAAAGCCUGGGGCCGGGCCUUGAGCUGGCCGAUCACCCUGGACCAAAGGAGAUCCCCUUGUGGGGAGGCCUUCCAGGGCUCUGCGGGCCCGCGCUGUGAGGCUCUAACGAAAGGGGGGCCAUGCAGGCCAAUGGGUUGUCCCAAUGUUGGCUUCUUCCUCUGGGGAAAAAACCCCACAGCAGCACAAGCCAAACAAACCCAAGGAUGAUAACAGCCAGCCUGCUAGCUUCUCACGUUCUCCUGAGAAACAGGUUACAUAAAGGCACGAUGUAGGUCAGGCGCCUAGCACAGACCUGCUGAUUGUAAAUGCUCCGAAACGUGCUCUGGAAUCGCUGUGCAGGUGCCGCAGGCGGUAUUUUUAUGUUGUUUCCAAAGCAGGCUCGCCAAACACACACACACACACACACACACA